AUGCGCCGCAUGCACGCAGUAGAUGACAUGGUCCACGCCUACAGAAGACGCGCGUCAUGCAACGGCGUGCGUGUAUGGGAUUUAAAUGCGAUAACUGACCAUCCGCCUACAUACUUCAGCGGAAACAGCACGGCACAUCUAAAAAGGGACAUUGGAUGCAGAUUGCUUCAGAAAAUGGUGUGCUGGAGAAUUCCGACUUUACUGCACUCAUUUCUGUUCUUCAGUGCCAUGACAUCAUGCGAGGGUGCAUUUGCUAAGUACGCCCAAAAGCUCCUGACGGACUUAAUGGCAAACUACACAAGUGCGUUGAGGCCUGUGGAGGACACAGACACCGUCCUGAAUGUGACUCUACAGGUUACACUCUCACAAAUCAUCGACAUGGAUGAGCGAAAUCAGAUUUUGACUGCAUAUCUGUGGAUAAGGCAAGUGUGGUUUGAUGCGCACCUUAGAUGGGACAAAGAUGAGUACGAUGGACUCGAUACCAUCCGUAUACCUGGUAGUUAUGUAUGGAGACCUGAUAUAGUCCUAUAUAACAAUGCAGACAACCAUUUUACCGGCCCGAUGGAUACCAAUGUGGUGAUCCGACAUGACGGCCAGAUGAUGUGGGAUUCCCCUGCCAUCACAAAAAGCUCGUGCAAAGUGGAUGUGUCCUUUUUCCCCUUCGACGGUCAACAGUGUAGGUUCACUUACGGCUCCUGGACCUACAAUGGAAACCAGCUCGACAUCCUGAACGCCAUGGAGAGCGCCGACCUGGCUGACCUGGUGGACAAUGUGGAGUGGGAAGUGCUCGGCAUGCCGGCUGAGAAGAAUAUUGUUCAGUAUGGAUGCUGUGCAGACCCAUACCCAGAUGUGACCUACACGCUGAAGCUCCAGAGAAGAGCUUCCUUUUAUGUUUUCAACCUCCUCAUACCGUGCGUAAUGAUCUCUUUCCUGGCUCCACUGGGCUUCUACCUGCCUGCUGAUUCUGGGGAAAAGGUAUCUUUGGGGGUCACUGUGAUGCUGGCACUCACCGUCUUCCAGCUUUUGGUUGCAGAAAUUAUGCCACCUUCUGAGAAUGUGCCACUCAUUGGAAAAUAUUACAUUGCAACUAUGACAAUGAUUACAGCUUCCACUGCUCUGACCAUCUUCAUCAUGAACAUUCACCACUGUGGCCCAGAUGCCAAGCCAGUUCCAAAGUGGGCCAAAAUAGUAAUUCUGCAGUACAUGGCCAGAAUGUGCUUUGUCUAUGAAGUUGGGGAGAACUGUAUGUCAGCAGAGCCAGAAAUGCAGGAACCUCCUCUUGUAGCAAACACCAACUGCACCAUGAAUGGGCAGGUGGGACCAGGAAGAGAGGACUGCGUCAUGAAAAGUGGUCAAGAGACAGUCGGAGGUGUCAUCAUGGAGGAGAAAGAGGAAAUUGAUCAGUUCCUAAGUCCAUUAGGAUCAGGGGGCAGGAACCCUGUUGACCAGCACAGCACUUGGAAGAGCAAUAUUUUUCUGGACUCUGGGGAAUCAGGAGGUCAGAGGAGAUGUCGGAAGGGAGGGGUAAGUGGCGAACAGAGAAAAGAUAGAGAGAUUUCCUGCGACAUCCCUGCCAACGAUGGCCCGCUGCAGCAUAACAUUGAGUACAUCGCCAACUGCUACAGAGAUCAGAGGGCCAUGCAGAAACGGACUGGGGAAUGGAAGAAAGUAGCUAAAGUUUUAGAUCGCUUUUUCAUGUGGAUAUUUUUCAUAAUGGUGUUUUUGAUGAGCCUCCUAAUCAUGGGGAAAGCCAUAUAAUCAGCUCUAUCUUUAUUUAAAAAAAAAAAUUAAGUCCCCCUGGUAAAAUGAGAUCUUUAUGAAAAAUAUAUAACAUAUUUAUUUUCACCACUCAGAAUUGCAGACUUUGCUGGCAAAUCAAAGAAGAGAUUUGUAUGUUAAAUUUUAUACCACUAGUGUUUUAAGCAAUACAAUCUGGAGAUCUUUGUAAAUUUCAUAUUUAGGGAUUUGUAAAUAUUUCAAUUUUUAAGAUUAUUUUUUUAUGUGAGAUAAGAUUGUGCUGUCUUAUAUUACUGUAUUGCCAUUCUAAUGACCCCCCUUUAACUUUUUCAUAUUUUUUAUCAUACAGGCUACCAACCAUAAACCUCCAGAUAUUUUAUGGGGAUUUUUCUUCCAGCAUUGCCCCCAAAUUAGCUCCAUGCAUCUUUCAAUCCAUGCAUCUCUGAAAAACGUUUGCAACUAUGCAGAUGAAAAGCAUUUUGAAAAGCAUGAUGCCACUACCACCUUGAUUGACCAUGUGGAUGCUGUGAGCAUGGUGAUAUGCAGUGGGAGUUUUCCUCCCCACGUUGCGCUUUGCAUGUAGUUCAUGCAUGUUCACUGAUAAUCUCUAACCAAUAUGUGAGCCUUUCAUAGAAAUAUUUUUUUUACUGGAAUUAAAUUACACACAAGGGGCUCUAAUAAGUAAGUGACUUUUGAAGUUUUUUUUUUUUGUUUUUUUUUUGUCUUUUUGCACGUGUUAGGGUAUUAUUGGUGGCCGUAGGAGGAUUUAUAUUUAAUUUUAUUUUAUUUUUGUAGUAGUUGGUUGUUACAUUUUGUAGUUUUGUCUAUAUAUAUUUUCUUCAAGUCUCUGAAUAACAAUAAAAUAAAUCCUCAGCCUAAGCACCAUUCUGCUUGCCAUGAAACUGGACAUGGCAAGGAGGAAAAAAAGCAAACUUUUGGAAACCAUGUACUGUUUUCUUUUCACUUCAGAAUUGUGCACUAAUUGUUGUUGUUGUUGUUGUUGUUUUUUAAAACCCCAGUUUAAUAAAGUGAAAUAUACUUUUGUACAUCGAAGUUCAAGAGGUGUGAAGGCACUGUAUGGAUGCCUAUGCAAAUACCCCUAUAUUUUAAUUAUCCUUAUAUUUUAUAGUGUCUUUUAAUAGUUGGUGUAUGGAAAAGGCCAUUUUAAAGUAGAGGAACUAAAAAUCUGUACACAUUGCAAUGAUAAAGAUGAAAAUAAGAAUAACUGUGCUGCUUUGGGAAAGCGCUGAGAGAAUAAGAUGUGACUUAAAGAUCUAGAUGUCAUCAUGCAUGGCUUUUCUCUAACUACUCCAGUUCUCACUGUCCAACGAUAUCCUUACAAGGUUACUUGACAGACUUUAAUGGACUCUCAGUCUUUCCAGGGUGUACUGCCACCUCUCACCAAAUGACUGCUGGACAUAGGCACCAGACCCCCAUGACUGUUUA